AUGAAAUCGAGGCUUCAAAAUGGAAAUUAUUUUUUGAAUUAAGAUUUCGCCCUUUAUGUAAGACCGUAAAUACCUAUUACUAUCCAAUCAAAAUCAGCCAUUGAAAUAAAAUCUAUUCCCUAAGCAUCUAACUAUCAAAAAAAAUAGAAAACUAUUCACUAUUAUGAUCAAUACAAAUUUGAAUAAUAUACAUCAGCAAAAACAAAACUAUAUGAUUUACUAAGUCUUAGAUAAAGUAAAUAUAACAAUAUAUGUUAGCUAAUAGGACACCAAUUUAAAGAAGAAGAUAACCUGAAUCAUCUCACAUAGUUAGAAGAAAUCCAGAGAUUUUGACAUCCAUAGUCGAAGUAAAUGAUGUAAAAUAAAAAGUAAAAACUGUAAGUUAAGAAUGUCAAAGAACUUAAUAAAAAAUAGCAAUAGUUCAACAUUCAUCAUAAUUGGCAAGCACAUAAAAGAGAAAUCAUAAUCAUUCAAAAUCAUCUUAUAAUAAUAAUACCUCGACACCUAUCCUUAAUAAAACUGUCUCAUAAUUUUAAUGUUUCACUCCUCUAACAAAUUAAAAAAACAAUUCUUAAUCUGAUCUCAUGAAAAGAAUUAAAUAAUAAAAAUUAGAAAGUCUAAUUAAUCUUAUUAUUAAUAAUCAACUUAAUAAUAUUGUAAAUGGUUUUACACUUAUAAAAAAUACUGCACCUCUUCUUCCUUAUAUUAAAGAAUUAGAAAGAAGAAAAGCAGAAUUUAAAUAAAAAAGAUUCCAAAUUAAAUUAAUCAGAAUUAAGUGA